AUGGCCGAAAAAAUCGACACCAAUAAUGACAUCUAUCGAUUGUCCGCACGCCCGUUUAUCCUGGAGCGCGAAGGAGACUACGAAGGGGCGAUUAGGAUCUAUCAAAGCGCCGUGGAGAUACUGAGCAAAGCAGCCACCACGUUCAAGAAAAUGAAUGUGCGCAAAGUCAACCGCAAGAUGUUUGAGCGGCAGGUGGAAGUGCACCGUGAGCGACUUGCGUAUCUAGAGCGCCUCCAACAGAAGGGCAGUUUUGAUGGGAUCGUCCUGCCGCCGACAGUUCUGGAUGCAAUGGAGGAGCUAGAAAAGGAGGAGGAAGGCCACUGGACGUUGUCGCAGAUCCGGAGAGACCUUCAUAAGCAUCGCAAGAAUGAAAUUGCAGCCCCAGAGGGAGACACUGUCACACCUCCAUCUCAUCUGCUUCCCUUCCUCGACUCCGACUCUUCUCAGAUCCCAUUCUUUUCCACAUCACUCCCCUCAGCACCACCCAUCACCUACCGCAUCACUCACUCCUCGGAGCUAGUUGACCUCGGCGUCCGCUCGCACUGGUUCUUCGUCAAAGACGAGACCAACACACACACGCUAUAUGCCCUGCAAGCCCUCUGGAGUAACGUGGAGCCCAUCACCGAAGCGGUACUCCGACGCGCAGGCGAGUUUCUUCCGCAAAUCGGUGCCGUGAGCGUCCGGAUUCGCAAGACGGCCGGCGGCAGCUUCAGACUGAUCACCAGCACGAUCCCGGAUAUCGGCAAUAUCACCGAGAUCCCCGACCGGGAAGCACAUCGGAAAGACUGGGCUCCACGACGGUUCGAGUACGGCGGGCGCAAAUUCGUCUGGAAGGAUGGACGGGAGGAUGGCAAAGGGGGCUUCUUCAAGCCGUUUGCGUGGGAGACGCUUUACGAGACCAAGAGGGUGUGGAAGAAGGAGGGGAGCAAGACGGGGAAGAUGGAGGAUGAGACGGUGGGGGCGAGGCUGUGCUGGGGAGAGAAGGGGGGUGCCAAUGGGGCCGCGCAUUCGAUUCAUAUGGUGGGAGGACUGGAUAUCCAGUUCCGCGAGCAUCUGCUGGCAGCGCAGCUGGCGCGGCUGGUGAGAUCCAGUUAUCCCCCGGCGAAGGACGUCAAGGGGACAGAAGCCGUGGCGACGGCGACGAGCUUGCUGUCGAUUUUGGAGGCGGUGUCGUAG